AUGAGCGAAGUCAACGAAUCUUCCGAACCCGCGACGUGUUUCUAUUUGCCUCACCACGGGGUGGUAAAACCAGACAGUUUAACAACGAAAUUGCGUGUAGUGUUCGAUGCAUCUUGCAAAACCGAUGCAGGCCUGUCGUUGAAUGAACUACAACUUGUUGGACCCACAAUUCAAAAUAAUAUUUUUUCUAUCAUACUAAGAUUCAGAAGACAUGCGUUUGUACUUACAGCUGAUAUAGAAAAAAUGUACAGACAAGUUUUGGUUCACGAAAACGACAGAAAAAUGCAAAGAAUAUUCUGGAGGGACAAUCCUAGCAGCAAAUUAAAAAUUUAUCAAUUAAAUACAGUAACAUACGGGACAGCAUCUGCGCCAUUUUUAGCCAUACGCUGUUUGGAGCAGUUAGCCAGAGAAAACAUAACUAACUAUACAAAGGAAUGCGAAAUUCUCAGAAAUGAUUUCGACGUUGACGAUUUAUUAACUGGAACUGAUAACAUAUCCGAAUUAUUCACUAUUAAAAAUAACCUUUAUAAUCCAACUUUAAACAUCGGUGAACAAACUAUCAAAACUUUAGGUAUAUCUUGGAAUUCGGUAACAGACAGUUUUGAAUUUGACUACAAAAAUAUAAGAAUAAAUCAAAUAGUUACGGCAAGAUCUCGAGUAGCACCAUUAAAAAAUAUUACACUCCCCCGUCUCGAGCUUUGUGCGGCACAACUACUAGCAAAUCUUGCGCAAAUAACGAAACGUGCAUUAAAUAUCGCGUUUGACAAAGAAUUCUAUUGGAGCGAUUCCACUAUCACUCUUUCGUGGAUAAGAUCUCCAUCUUAUAAAUGGAAAACCUUCGUUGCCAAUAGAGUUUCUGAUAUUCAAACAAAAACCGACGCAAAUAACUGGCUACAUGUCCGAUCGGAAGACAAUCCAGCGGACCUCAUAUCACGCGGGUGCUAUACACAUGAUUUAUUGAAUUCAUCCUUGUGGUGGGCAGGCCCAUCUUGGCUACAAAAUCUAACUGAAACACAGCGACGUGCAACUGACAAUAUUUCAAUUCCUGAAACUGAUGUCGAAAGUCGAAUCACAAGUUUGACUUGUACAAAAAUUAACAAUAACGAACAUUUUUUCUUAUACUCUUCCCUUAUUAAACUCGUGCGCGUAACUGCUUUUUGUUAUCGAUUUUUACAAAAUUUAAAACUAAAGAAGAAAGAAAAAGAACUACUGUAUGGCCCACUCACGGUCGAUGAAUUCAAUAAUUCACUAAACAAGUUAAUAAAAAUAUCACAAUAUGAAAUAUUCAAACAAGACAUAGAUAUAGUCGCGCGUGGGGAAGCAUUACACAAAUCGUCGAAAUUAAAAUCAUUAACACCGUUUUUAGACAAAAAUGGAAUAUUGCGCGUCGGCGGUAGGAUAAAGAAUUCAAAUUUACCGUAUGAUAAAUGCCAUCCGAUAAUACUACCAAAAAAUCAUCAAUUGACUAUUCUAAUAACUAGGCAUGAGCAUUUAAAACUGUAUCAUUGCGGAGCACAGAUGUUAUUAAAUGCGUUGCGUAAUACUUAUUGGCCUAUCGGAGGCAGAAACCUGACAAGAUCGAUCGUGAAAAAAUGCGUAACAUGUUUUAAGGUAAAACCCACAUUUAUUAAUCCAGUAAUGGGCAAUUUGCCUAAAUAUCGCGUUACACCGCAGUCACCUUUCUUCAUAUGCGGAGUAGAUUACGGAGGUCCUAUCUUAUUAAGAGAUCGUCAAACAAGAGGAUACAAAAAAAUUAAGGCUUACAUAUGUUUGUUCGUGUGCCUUGUUACAAAAGCAAUACAUAUCGAAUUAGUAUCUGAUUUAACUACGAAUAGUUUUUUAGCCACUUUUAAACGAUUUAUGGCGCGACGCGGAAAACCUCGCGAAAUCUAUUCCGAUAAUGGAACGAACUUUAUAGGCGCAGCAUCAGGAUUAAAGGAGCUUUAA